AUGGAAGUAACAGUGGCUAGUUGGGUAGCGCUGAGCCUUGUUUCUGUUAGCUUAUUAGUAAGAUGGGCGUGGAACGUAUUCGAUUGGGUGUGGCUACAGCCGAAGAAGAUAGAAAGAUGUUUGAGGGAGCAAGGCUUCAAAGGCAAUUCCUACAGACUUCUAUAUGGAGACAUGAAGGAGAACUCUAUCAUGAUGAAUCACGCAAAAUCCGAACCCAUGAAACUCUCCACCUCCCAUGACAUAGCGCCACAAGUCGACCCCUUUGUCGAUCAAACAGUGAAAACUUAUGGAAAGAACUCCUUUGUUUGGAUUGGUCCCAUAGCUAGAGUGAACUUGAUGAAUCCAGAAGAUUUGAGAGAUGUCUUCAUAAAACAUAAUGAUUUUCAAAAGCCAAUAUCAAACCCACUUAUCAACUUGAUAGCGGAAGGUCUUGCAACCUAUGAAGGAGAGAAAUGGGCUAAACACAGAAGGAUUAUCAACCCAACAUUCCAUUUCGAGAAGUUAAAGCUUAUGGUACCGGCGUUCCAGCAAAGUAUUGAUGACAUGAUUAAAGAGUGGGAGAGCUCAGUGUCAAAAGAGGGUUCAUCUGUGGAGUUAAAUGUCUGGCCUUCUCUUCAAAAUAUGACGGCCGAUGUGAUAUCCAGAACAGCAUUUGGAAAUAGCUACCAGGAUGGACGGAAAAUGUUUGAACUCCUGAGAGAACAAGAAGUAUAUGUAACAAAAGCUAUGCGUAGUUUUUACAUUCCAGGAUGGAGGUUUCUACCAACUAAGAUGAAUAGGAGGAUGAAUGAGAUUGACAGAAAAGUGAAAGGUAUACUCAAGGGUAUUAUUGAGAACAGAGAGCAGACCAUGAAAGCAGGUGAUGCCACAAAAGAUGACUUGUUAGAGGCACUACUUCUCGAGUCGAACUUAAAAGAUAUUCAGGAUCGUGAGACGAAUAGUAAUAAAAAUGGUGGCAUGAGUAUUGAUGAUGUUAUUAAGGAGUGUAAGCUGUUUUACUUUGCUGGGAAUGAAACCACUUCGGUGUUGCUGGUUUGGACAAUGAUUUUACUUAGUCAAAAUCAUGAUUGGCAAGAUCGAGCAAGAGAAGAGGUUUUGCAUCUCUUUGGGAACAACAAGCCAGACUUCAACGGCAUAACGCACCUUAAAAUGGUAACCAUGAUUUUACUUGAAGUUAUUCGAUUGUACCCACCAGUCGUUGAACUUAAUCGAACUAUUCUCAAGAACACUCAACUAGGGAAGUACUCACUACCCGCAGGAGUCGAAAUCCGGUUACCAACACUGCUCAUUCACCACGACAAGGAGCUGUGGGGGGAUGAUGCAAACGAAUUCAAGCCAGAGAGGUUUUCUGAAGGUGUUUCCAAUGCAACAAAGAACCGACUCUCAUUCUUCCCAUUCGGAGGCGGUCCUCGGAUUUGCAUUGGACAAAAUUUUGCCAUGACGGAAGCAAAGCUGGCCUUAGCAGUGAUUUUACAACACUUUGCCUUUGAGCUUUCUCCAUGUUAUAUUCACGCUCCUUCCAAUCAGAUAACCCUUCAUCCACAACACGGUGCUCCUAUCAUCUUACAUCGACGUGAAGUAGCUGGCUAG